GAGAGAGAGAGAGAGAGAGACUGAGGGAGUGCGUCUGCGCCUUCCUCACUCACUGUGCGUGACGUCAAACCAGCAUGGCGGUCAAGGUGCAAUCUACCAAACGUGGGGACCCAAGUGAGCUGAAAUCAAUCUUCCAGAAGUAUGCCAGUGUAGCCGACACGGAUGGAGAGAGGUUUAUGACCCCAGGCGACUUUGUCCAGAGGUAUCUAGGGCUACAUACUCAGAUCCACCACAACCCCAAAACUGUACAGCUCAUUGCUGCUGUGGCCGACACCACAAAGGAUGGGCUGAUCUCGUUCCAGGAGUUUCUAGCAUUUGAAUCGGUGUUGUGUGCGCCUGACACUCUCUUCAUAGUAGCCUUCCAGCUGUUUGACAAGACUGGAACUGGAAACAUUUCCUUUGAGAAUGUACGGGACAUCUUCAGCCAGACCACAGUGCACCACCACAUUCCCUUUAACUGGGACUGUGAGUUCAUCCGCCUGCAUUUUGGACACGACCGCAAGAAACGCAUCAGCUACCUCGAGUUCACCCAGUUCCUGCAGGAGCUGCAGUUGGAGCAUGCGCGGCAGGCGUUUGCCCAGAAGGACAAAGGGAAGAAUGGCGUCAUCUCCGCCAUGGACUUCAGUGACAUUAUGGCCACCAUAAGACACCACGUGCUCACACCCUUUGUGGAGGAGAACCUUGUCUCUGCUGCAGGUGGCAAUACCUCCCACUUGGUCAGCUUCUCUUACUUCAACGCCUUCAACUCCCUCCUGAACAACAUGGAGCUGAUUCGCAAGAUCUACAGCACACUGGCUGGCACGCGGAAGGACACGCUCGUGACCAAAGAGGAGUUUGUUCAUGCUGCCAACAAGUUUGGUCAGAUCACUCCCAUGGAAAUUGACAUCCUGUACCAGUUGUCAGGCCUGCACUCCCCCUCAGGGCGCAUGAAUCUUGCUGACAUUGAGAGGAUUGCUCCGUUAGAGGAAGGCUGUCUGCCUCACCACCUGGCUGAAACCCAAAAGCAGGCCCAUGGGGACGCAUCCAGGUCUGUGUUGGUCCAGGUUGCAGAGUCUGCCUACAGGUUCACCCUGGGCUCCAUCGCCGGAGCUACGGGAGCGACAGCAGUGUACCCCAUCGACUUGGUGAAGACUCGUAUGCAGAACCAGAGGUCCACUGGGUCCUUUGUUGGAGAGCUGAUGUACAAGAACAGCUUUGACUGUGCUAAGAAGGUGCUUCGCUAUGAGGGCUUCUUCGGCUUCUAUAGAGGUCUGGUCCCUCAGCUUAUAGGUGUGGCGCCUGAGAAAGCUAUCAAACUCACAGUGAAUGACUUGGUAAGAGACAAGUUCACCGACAAGGACAACAACAUUGCUCUUUUUGCUGAGAUUAUGGCUGGUGGUUGUGCUGGAGGCUCUCAGGUGAUCUUUACCAACCCUCUGGAGAUCGUGAAGAUUCGCCUGCAGGUGGCAGGCGAGAUCACCACUGGACCUCGAGUCAGUGCGGUCAGCGUGUUCCGUGACCUGGGCUUCUUCGGCCUCUACAAGGGUGCUAAAGCUUGUUUCCUGAGAGACAUCCCCUUCUCUGCCAUCUAUUUCCCCUCGUACGCCCACCUCAAGACCCAGUUUGCUGACGAGCAAGGAAGUGUGGGACCUCUGCAGCUUCUCACUGCUGGAGCGAUCGCAGGUAUCCCUGCAGCCUCCCUCGUGACGCCUGCCGAUGUCAUCAAGACACGUCUGCAAGUUGCAGCGAGGGCGGGACAGACCUCUUACACAGGAGUCAUCGAUUGCUUCAGGAAGAUAAUGAAAGAAGAGGGCUUCAGGGCUUUGUGGAAGGGAGCUGGAGCUCGUAUGUGCCGGUCUUCCCCUCAGUUUGGUGUGACACUGGUGACUUAUGAGCUCUUGCAGCGGUGGUUCUACGUUGAUUUUGGAGGACAUCGUCCGGCAGGAUCUGUCUCGACACCCAAGUCUCGUAUCUCAGAGCUUCCUCCCAUUAACGCCGACCACGUCGGAGGCUACCGCCUGGCCGCAGCGACCUUUGCUGGUGUGGAGAACAAAUUUGGCCUCCACCUUCCCAAAUUCAAGUCAUCCGGCGUGGUUACCAUACAUCACCAAGAGCCAGUCGCCGCCACGCCGGCCCAGGCCCCAUAGAGGUCUGAACCUCCAUAUCACUUUGCCAUCCCUCUCCUCCUCUACCGGGAGCCAGACACUUUGAUAGAUACACAAUCAAAACACGCACACAGUUGAAACACACUCCACAAAUAAGGGUCAUAUACAAACAAACACCAGGUGACAGUAUUCUCCACUGGUCCCCACCUACAAGUGGAGGUGGAGAGCUGGCUACAGCUGUGGUUGUAACCGAGCAGAUAGCGACGGGACCAGAUCGCUGACUGCGUCGUAUCUUCAGUGGCUGUUUUGCUCCUGGCGUCUCCAUAUUUUGUGUUCUUCUCUCCAGCAUUCGUAUAAAACGGAGCCUCAGCACUCCUCUCUCUCUCUCUCUCUCUCAUGACAAGCUGAUUUGAUUUUUAUUCUGUUUUACGUCUGAUACUGAGACUUAUCUUAUUGGACAGCGGGCAUAGAAAAUAUUAGAUUGUUCAGCAUGGUGUUGGGCUUCACUCUCGAUUGGUCCUUCCAAAGGAGGCUAUAUACUGUACAUAUUGUAUAACUGAAGUGGGACAGCACAUUGACGGAAAAGAGAACGUUACAGGACAAAGGUCCGUAACGUUCAGUCGGCAUCAUUAUACUGUAACUUAUGUUGUGGCAAUGUGCGACCUUCGGUCCUGGUCUCUGAGAUUCACUCUUACUGAUGUACAGAACUUUUCAUUCAAGUGUUUUCUUGAUUAAAAACAAGAAUCAUGAGAUAAGAAUUAGAUAUUAAUAAAUUAAAUGUAACACAAUUCAGUCAAUGUAUUUUAUUGAAAUAAAUCAUCCAUAUGGUUUUAAUUUUA